AUGGCAGUCGUCUUUACGGCAACAUACGACGGCAGUGGGCUCUAUGGUAGUUCUUCAACGGUCGCAUUCAUCGACAGCGUCAUGCAAACCGCGGAGCCCAGCGAUGAGACUGGUGAUGACGUGGACUCGAUUCAGCGACCCGAAUCGCUUUCCAGGCAUGGAACAACCAAGGUCUUCCAUGGCGCCGAUGAUGAUAACAUGGGACUCAAUGAAGGCAGUCUCGUCCUACCCGGGAAGAGACUGGCUGACCGUCUCUUGCAGUGCUAUUGGGACGUGGUCUACCCAAUUUUUCCCGUCCUACACAAACGCGCCUUCCUCGAAGCUUACGAGGCGCUCUGGGCCAGGCACUCCAUGCUAGCGAACAGCGAUGGUGGGCAAGAAGAUGGACACUUUGGCUCGUACUGCCUGGUGAACAUCGUCUUGGCCCUCGGAGCGCAGUUCAACAAAGAGUUCUCUCCCGGCCAGAGAGCCCGGGCUUCUGACGACUUCUUUCAAAGAUCCAGACCGCUACUGGCACUGGAUGCGCUGGAUGCUAGUUCCUUCUCGGCCGUCCAGACAUUGGUGUUAACGGGCAUCUACCUGCAAUCGACGAAUCACGCCGCUCAAUGCUGGAAUGUCGUUGGCUUGGCCAUUCGAGCCGCCCAGGGACUCGGAUUGCAUUUGAAUGAUGAACCACCUUCGACGCCGGCGGAGGCCUCGGCUGAGACAGACAUAAAUCGCCAGGUGAGAUUGCGGGUUUGGGCUUGCUGCCUGGCCCUCGACCGGCUUGUGUCAGUGACCUUUGGUCGCCCUUUCAUGAUUCCGAACCACUCGCCCGUCACCAUGCCUGCUCUUUCGGAUGAAGGAGAUGGCCCUGAAAAUGGUGAAGACCUCGGCAUCGAUUCCGUUCCCACUUGCGGCUGUCUCGUAUACUCGUUGCAGCUCUUCGAAAUCCUCGAGGAUAUCAUGUCGGCCUUGUACGACGGAGUGGCGGCGCCAUCGCAUGCACGAGGACAAAAUAUCCCUCCGACGAAUGUGCCUGAUCUCACCAAGGUGAUUGAGCUGGAUUUGCGUCUCAACGACUUUCAACGUGACCUGCCCUCAUUUUUGAAGCCGAGACAGUGGUCUUCUCUGGUCAGCGAGCGGGCUACAUUACAGGCCAACGUGCUUCAAGUUCGGUACGUCGUCCUGCCGGUUUCCUCUUUCUCCUCCGCCCCUUCCGCCGAAGAAUGCUUCUAA